GUGUAUGCAAACCAGAGCCGCGGCUCCCCUGGGCUGCCGGACCCGGGCCGGGGCUGCUGUGCGGCUGGCGCGGCGGUGGGCGCCGCUGCCCUCCUCGGAACCCCGCACUGUCAUGCCCCCGGCGCGCGGCUGGCGGCUGCGUCCCGGAGCCGCUAUAUAAGCGCCGGCGAGGGGACACCCGGAGGGGCUGAAGAUGAAGGUGCCCGCGUAUGGGCCCCGCUGAUUGCCAACCCCUCCCGAUCCCGCGCCGCGCGCGGAGCCCGAGGCCGCCGAGGACCCGCCUUCGCCGCAGUAGCAGCUGGAGCAGCCUCAGGGCCGGCGGCGGCAGCGCCCGUCUCAAGAGCGCGCAGAGCGGCGGCGGCAGCUCGGGGGCCGCCGCUGCCCCGGCUGCCAUGAGUUGUGCGGAGGUGAUGUAUCACCCCCAGCCGUAUGGAGCGCCCCAGUAUCUGCCCAACCCUGUGGCAGCUGCAACCUGCCCCACAGCCUGCUACCACGCGGCGCCCCAACCUGGCCAGCAGAAGAAGUUAGCGGUAUACAGCAAGAUGCAGGACUCUCUGGAAGUCACCCUUCCCAGCAAACAAGAGGAGGAGGAGGAGGAGGAGGAUGAGGAGGAGGAGGAGGAGAAAGACCAGCCUGCCGAGAUGGAGUACCUUAACUCUCGCUGUGUCCUUUUCACUUAUUUCCAGGGAGACAUUGGGUCAGUAGUGGAUGAACACUUCUCAAGAGCUUUGGGCCAAGCCAGCACCCUCCAUCCAGAAUCUGCCAUUUCAAAAAGCAAGAUGGGGCUAACCCCCCUGUGGCGAGACAGCUCAGCUCUCUCAAGCCAGCGGAGUAGUUUUCCAACUUCCUUUUGGACCAGCUCUUACCAGCCCCCACCUGCACCCUGUCUGGGGGGAAUUCAUCCUGAUUUCCAGGUCACUGCACCCCCUGGCACCUUUCCUGCAGCUGACCCCAGCCCCUGGCCAGGACAUGGCCUGCACCAGACUGGCCCGGCCCCUCCUCCUCCUGUGUCCGAGUCCUGGCACUAUCCCUUGGCAUCUCAGGUGAGCCCAUCUUACAGCCACAUGCAUGAUGUGUACCUGCGGCACCAUCACCCCCACGCCCACAUGCACCACCGCCACCAUCACCAUCACCACCACCACCGCCCUUCUGCUGGCUCUGCCCUGGACGCGUCCUACGGGCCCCUGCUGAUGCCGUCAGUGCGUACAGCCAGGAUUCCUGCUCCCCAGUGUGACAUCACAAAGACAGAUCCCACUACAGUCACCACUGCUACCUCAGCGUGGGCCGGAGCCUUUCACGGAACUGUGGAUAUAGUGCCAAGUGUGGGGUUUGAUACAGGUCUGCAGCAUCAAGACAAGAGCAAGGAAUCACCAUGGUACUGAAAUACACAGUAUUUUCAAGUUGGGUUGGAGUGUGAAUCUAAGGACCCACUGAGGCGAGAUGCUACCAGGACUUUCUGUUCUGCAAUGGGACACAAUAGACAUGGAAGAAGAGGAAAUAUCAGCCAACUGACUGUAGUUUGGAACCUUUUCUUGAGGAAGCAGAGUGGGUCCUAGACAUUGAAGAAAAGCAUUUUGUUUGUUUUUUCCCUCAUCUGAGCCUUUGCCAACCGUGCAACUCUUUUUUGUCUUGCUUUUAUCAAUACAUGGUUUACUUUUUGUUUCAUUUUGAUUUAUUUUUUGAACCAGCCACCUUAUCAGGAAAAGAUGAACCACAAAUGAAAAUGCUCAUUCUUUCAGGAAUACAAUUUUGUAGCUCUAUGUGCAUCUAUUUUUGUAGAAAUACAGAAAGUUUGAUUUAGCAUUGAUGGGCUAUUUUUGAGGGAUGUAUUUUUUUUAAUAUUGUAAAAAUGGUUAAGUUCUGUUUCAAGAACUUGAUCCAGAGAAGCACUGGCAAAAAUGUUUAAAAUGCUUGUCUUUAAGAUGUCUGUGAUAUGCUCUGUGCUUUCUAGGUUACCUCAAGUGUUUGAUAUCUUCUCCUUUGACAAAAGUCACCCCAUAGCCAAGCCAAUUAUAGUAUUGUCUUAAAUUAAAUCUCAGUGAAGAUUUAGUUCAAUGCUAGCUCACUUAGCUUGGAGUUAUAUGUAUAACUUGAAAAGGAAGUUUUUAAUGACCACACUAAAGAAAGGAUAGUUCAUUAAUUUGAUUUCUCCCAAAGAUUACUUAGAGAUUUAUUAAAAAGAAGGUGAAUAAGCUUUCAACCUUAUAGAGAGUUUUCUUAGAAUAUUCAUUCUUCUUUCUCAUCCAUCCAACCAGAGUUUUUAUACAACUAUUGGGAAAAAAAUGCAUUUAACCACGCUACCCGCGAGGACCAGUGACUCGUUUCCUUCUUUCUAAUUCACUCCCUGAAACUUUAAAAGUCAUAUUUUAAGUGGACAUUUUUUUUCCUGAAAAUAGUUUGCAUAAUGUGGAAAUGUACUAGACACAUCCCAAGUCCUUUGAUUAAUAGCUAUUUCCUAAAUGUUGCCUACCAAUGCAAGUUGAAAAAAUAAUAUAUUGUUUAUGUACUAUUUUAAACAUGGGUUUUGACAGAUUCUUCCUUUUGGGUUUAAAUCAGUUUUUAGCUGAUCUAAUUCUUAAAAAAAAUUAAAACAAAGAUUUUAAAUUGGGUUUUAGGAUACAGUUACUGAGAUUGGGCUAUAAAUUGAUAAUUUAUUAUUGGAAAUACAUUAUUGAAAACCCAGGAUUUAACUUGACACUGUCCUGAGGCUCUAAGUAAGGUAAAGCUGAAAUUAUCAUUAAGAACUUGUUCGGAAAAAUAUAAGAACUAUGAUAAUAGCGGUUACUGAUAUUUUUAAGACUUUCAAUGUAAAAUCCAUUCUUUAUUUUAGCUGCUUACACAAAUAGAUUCUAUUUAAAAGUUAGCCUCAUACAGAAGUUUUAACUUGGUAGAAGUUAUCAAAUAUUCCCCAUCGCUGUCCCACCCACCCCAAUGUGAAAUGCAAUGGUUAGUAAAAUGCCACAUUCCAUCAUACAUUGCUAUGUAAUGUGGAUGAACAUUUUAAAUAUAGGAGCAACACAGCAUGUAGAUUUCUCACAGAUAAUUUCCUAAUUUUUCUAUUACCCCAUAUUAUGCAUUAGUUUUCUUUUCUGGUGUGUCCUGUGAGUUAUAAACCUGUAUACACUACUCUUCUGUGCUUAUCAUUCCAUACAUUGCUCCUUCUGAACCAGCUUUGAAUAGCAAUUUGAUUUGAUAAAAUUGUAAUUUGCCAAAUCUAUGAAUUACAGAGUUGAGUGAAUCUAUAAAAUUUGUUUAUCUUGUGUCCUCCUGAGUUUUCAAAGACAAGUAUUCUGGAGUUCUCAUGGGAUGACUCACUGGGGAUUAUUUAUUUCCCUCUUCUUCCCUUAGGAAGCUAUUAACAUUUUUGCAGUUUCUCUUAGAAUAGUGUUGUACUUGCAGUCAGAGUAAGUGAAUUUUCCCAGUUAAGCGGAGGAGAAAAGUAUUAACUUUCUCUUCCUUUCCUUACUCUCCACUGAAGUAGAACUGUAGGAGAGAAGCAGACAAUUAAACAGUGUCUCCUAAAUUGUUACCUUGGUCUGCGUUACUCCUAGUAACUACCUGAUAAAACAUUUCUUGGCACCAGGGCCUAAAAAGAGUUGGAGUCCUGAAUUCUGCUGUAUUCUGGAAUGAUUUGUCAGUAAGAUCUUCAGUGAGAACAGGCUUAGGUACUGUUGGCACAUUGCCCCCACAGAAGAGAGGAUCCAAGUCUAAGUAACAGGAGAAAAAGAGUGCAUGUCUCUAAAAUUGUUUGGUUUCCCUUAUCAGAUUACAAUUGCUAUCAGAAGUCAUAACAGAGAAUGAGUUGUACUUCAGCAAAAUAUUCUAAACUUAUUUUAAGUUUAAAAUGCUGUUACCAUUGGGGUUUGUUUUGCUCACAUCAAAAUAAUGUUGUUGAACUUAGGGAACUUCAAACAACUGUUUUGAGUGCUAACACUGUUCCCCCAUCCCCAAUUUCUUUUGAAACCAUGUCACCUUUGACUAUUUUACAAAUAAUGCUAUUCAAGCUUUCUAAAGAUCUUGGACUAGGCAUUGGAAAAUCUAUGUACACUUUGACCACCAAACCAUCAGGAGUGGAGGAAAAGUGUAAUGGGGACAAUUUAGAUGCUAACUGAUUAUUUGGUCCCUCCUUUAUUGAAAAGAACUUCUAACAUUUUAAAAUUAGUGAUUCUGAAGAAGCUUAAACAUCCCCUCUAACUUUUCCCUUUAAUUUUUCUCUUUCCUUUUAAAAAUCAUUUAUUAUUUUAAGAAAAAAUGGCUAGAAUUGCUUGCUAAUUUGCAACUGAUAACUCAGUGCUAACAAAUAAUUGAAUAAUUAAUUAUUUAAUUUUAUAAUAAGCUUAAAAAAGACAUUCUAGGCACUGGAAUAAAAUAUGCCCUUGAGGAGCUCCUUAUUAUGGAAAUAGUAAUAGCUCAUUUCUACUCUCAUACCUGCAGAAUAUAUGACAGAAUCUAUCUAAACUGUGUAUUUGCUCUCUGGUUUAAUUUACUCUUGUCAUUGAAAGUGGGAAACUAUAUUUCAAGAAACUGCAUUCUACCCCUUACUGAGUGUUCCUUUUAUAUAUUUUUCAUAAUAUUUGCUGAAAUAAAUCAAUUUGGCAAUGAUUUUAAGUGAUAGGAAAAGAAAAUAUUAUCGUUAGGGUUCUGACUGUGGAUGAACAGAGAAGCAGAUGAAUUAAUGGAUGAGAUUACAGGAUUCAACAUAAGUCAUUCUCUGAAUUCUAAAUUAGCCACAAGUUUUUAUGUGUGAUUGUGGGCUUUAUUUAUCUGAUGAGUAAAGUGGGAAUAUAAUACCUAACUGGCAGGCUAUGGAGAUUAGUAGUAAUAUUCAUCUGGUUCAUUACAGAUGUUUAAUAAAUGACAGCUACUACAAAUGUCUAAUAGUUAAGUAAGUGAUAAUAAAACUCCCAAAUGCCCCUUAUCUUUCCUUUCCAUACCCAUUUUUAUAGCAAUCCAGUAAAGGAUUAUUCUUUUCCCAUAAGAGACUGUAACAAGAGAAUCUCUGCCUUUAACUAGAUUUUCCAGAUAAAAUAUAAAUUUCUUAAUUAUCCUGUUUUUCUUAGUGUACAAAUUAUGAAAGAAAGUAAAUUAACCUCUUAGUAGUAUACAGGUCCAACGCUGAAUUUCCUUACAUAUUCCAAAAUUUUCUUCAUCUGGCAUCCUGUAUGAUUUUUCUCCAAAAUUAAGGUAGUAGAUUUAUUUAAUCACCAAAGUUGAUAUUUCUGAGUUAUGUUUUGGGCUUCCUUAGCACCUGGGGAAAACAUCUUUUUUGAAGUUAGCAGAUUUUUUUUUUUUUUAACUGCCUUGAAGGAAAAAUUGCAAAAUAUGGUGGAAAAAAAGUCUUCCCCAUGAAAGGAGAGAAAAAAACCCCAACUCUUUACGAUCUCAGUCAGCAGAUUUUCUCUAUUUGAGAAAAAAAAGAAACAACUUUAUUGGAAGCAGAUGUCGACACUGUGUCAGUUACUGAAGAUGGAAAGAGUUCACUGGAACCAUCACCAUUACAAAGGCAUAUUGAUGGCAGUUAGAAUUCCUGUGAUUGAUCACCUUCACAGCAGACAGAAGGACAACAGAAAAGCAGAAACUGUAUGAGACCAAGACUGAAAUCAGCCUGUUAAUUUUACCAUACAGAACUCAGGGUUUGUUUCCCCCCACCCCCGCCACC